CGGUUCGGGUUGCGCUGCGGGGUCGGGGUCCGGCUGCAGGAUGAUGGGCUCGGCCCGGGGCGGGGUCCGCGGGGGGCAGGAUCAGUUCACCUGGGAGGAGGUGAAGGCCGACAAACAUCGGGAGAAUUACCUGGGAAAUUCGCUCAUGGCACCAGUUGGACGAUGGCAGAAAGGGAGGGACCUCACCUGGUACACAAAGGAAAAGAAAACUGAGGGGAUGCAGUCUCGUGCUGAGGAGUUGAUGGCUGUUCGAAAAGCUGAGCAGGAAGCCCUAAUGGCAGCACUAGGCUACAAGAAUCCCAAAAGGAAACCAACUGGAGUAACCAAAGAGGAACUGGCAGAAGUCUGUAAGCGUGAGGGUGUGGAUCCAGAUAGCAAAGAUGUUGACAGAGUCCUUGGGCUUGGCAGUUCAAGUGGUACUACUUCUAGGAUGAUGCUAACCAAAGAAGACCGUGAAGCAGCUAAGCUUGGACUAGCCAUCUUUACGCACCACAAAUGCAGUGAAGCUGUGGAGUCGGUGAGUCAGAAGCGGAAACCAGAGAAGGACAGUAGAGAAGUAGAGACCCAGAGGUCAAUAGGUCGAAAGCGACACAAGAAAGAUAAAAAACACAAAAAGGAAAAGAAACAAAAGAAGAAGCACAAGAACAGAGAAAAAUCAUCACCCAAGACAAACCAUCGAGACAGCACCUGCAGUCUCACAUUGAGUACAUGAAGGGAAUUGGUUCAAGGAAAAGAGAAAAAUUCAUUGGAAAGGAGCAUCAAAUUCAACAAUAAAAAAAAGACAAUGCAAACAACCACACUAUCACAGGAAAAGGAUGCUGAGAAGGCAACGAAAGAAAUUGAAAAUUUAGCUUUUGAGUUGCAUUUUUUAAAAGCAGCAUUAUGGAAAGAAUACCAUGGUACAUGAAGCCAAGCAUAAACUGAAUGUUUGGUGGUGGGGGGGGGGGGGGGAGAAGAGAGAGAGAGAAUGUCAGACAUCAAAAACAGGUACCCCUGUACAAUAAAAUUCUACACAGAAUUGGUAAAGUCUGGGAUGAUAGCUGAAUAGGAUUCAUGCAUUAGUUUAAUAAGUAAUCCUUGGGAGUAUCGAAGGUCAUCCAGCUGAAUGAUACUUGGUGUAAUAGGUCUAGAGAGAGUGAAGCAUGAUUAACUGCAUGAUGUGAGCAGUCUUGGGGUGGAAGAUUGAACAGAAAUUUGACCCAUAUAUUAACCCCCCACCUAUAUUACUGACUAGCCAAAUAGCCAAAGCAAUAAAAACCUUCCAUUACUUUUGUUACUGAGAGACUCAGCUGGCACAAUGGGGGUUCCCAGUAGGUGAGAUGGGGUAGUGUUUUUUCAAGAGCAGCUUUAGUGGAAGGAGAAACAGUUAAUAUUAUGUAGCAAUCCCUUUAACAUUGUUUCAUUGUCCAUAGAUCUGACUUGCUGAAUGUUUGGAGUAACUUCUGCUUAAGGUUUCCAGUUUGACUUUAAUAUUAAAGUGCCAUCCAUGUAGUCAGUUACUCGUGUUGCAUUUAAAAAAAAGUGUUUGAUUCAUGGUCAAGGAGCUGUGCAAAAGUAUUAUUCUAAUGUAUUUGUGCAGCAAUAUAGAACUUGCUUUAGGAAGGAUCACUUAAGUGGUCACCUGGUGCUCAUUCACCAACUAGUUUAAAAUGUAAACCUACUUUCAACUUUUAUUGAACAUGAAGAUAAACUAUACAAAACUAUUUAACUGGUACCACUGGUUAUAUUUAAACUAUACCUUCUAAAAGCAAAGGCUAAUUUUAAAUGACAAUGCCAGGACCAGCAGUUGGCCAUAAUCGAUGGAAACUACCUGAUUCAGGCAAGAGUCUUUAAAAGUAGCACAAUAGUUAUUCAAAUAACUUGUUUGAAAUUCCUUUGUUGUGUAAAUUUGCCUAACACACCAUAAGUGCUACACUAUUUGUGGUGGUUAGAACCAGCUGACAGUUUUCCAAUGAUAUAAUUCAUGUUCAGCAAUAUAUACUAAGUUUAGGCAAAUGAUACUAGAAGUUGCCACUGUAAGCCUUUUGGGCAUGGGUCUACACCACAAAUGAACCCUUAAUUUGACAUUAAAUUGGCAGUUUCA